AUGGAGUCAACUCCCCAGACAGGCCCACCCAGAGGCCAAAACCGCCUGCAAUUGGUCAAUUUUGAUAUUCAGGAGAACCACAUUUCUCAUGAGACUCAGGGGCUCAGCAACAAAUACCUGGUGGUCCGGCGAGGGAAGCCCUUCAAAGUAACGCUGAGGUUUCACGGAAGGAUGUGGAACCCAAAACAAGAGUAUCUGGUGCUGCAGGUUGUACUAGGUGAAAUGUCCGCCAAGAUGUUGGUCCGAUUCUACAACAAGGGGUCCGACCCGCACAAAUGGUCAGCAUGGAUCAACCCAGGCGACAUAGGUCAUUGUGUUGUCACCGUCCACAUUUGUGCACCAGUGCUGUCCUCUGUGGCACAGUACCGCCUGAUGGUCCAUUUUGAAGGCGCACACGAGAGAAGCAGCUACGUUGCAGGACUGUUUGUGCUGCUGUGCAACCCUUGGCUCAAGGAGGACCCAGUGUACAUGCCAAAUGAUGCUCAACGAGAGGAAUAUGUCAAGAGUGAUUAUGGCGUGAUUUACAUGGGUACAGACCUCAACUAUAACCAGCGGCCCUGGUUGUUUGGUCAGUAUGAGCCUGGCGUUCUUGAGGCUUGUCUUCAGUUGCUUCAGGUCAGCCCCCAGCACCUAAGCAAUAGGAGAAAAGACUACGCUCUACGAGCAGAUCCGACCUAUCUGAGCAGGGUCAUCUGUGCAAUGGUGAACUCCAAUGAUGACAUGGGUCUUUUGGAGGGGAGGUGGAAGGGCAACUAUAAAGAUGGUGUCAAGCCGACUGAUUGGAGUGGCAGUGCAGACAUCCUUCACCGAUGGAUGGCGUCCAAAGGCAACCCUGUGCGCUACGGACAGUGCUGGGUCUUUGCAUCUGUUUUAUGUACAGUAAUGCGAGUCCUAGGGAUUCCCUCCAGGGUAGUGACAGUGUUUAACGCAGCCCACGAUAGUGAUGGGGACUUGAUUGCUGAAGAGUUUUACUCAAGCACCGGGGAGAGACUCGGACUGUCGAAAGACAGUGUUUGGAACUUCCAUGUUUGGGCGGAGUGCUGGAUGAGGAGGCCUGACAUUGGUGCGCAGUACGCCGGCUGGCAGGUUGUGGACGCGACUCCGCAGGAAAAGAGCGGGGGAGUAUACCGCUGUGGUCCAUGUCCAGUGGUUGCCAUCCAGAGGCGUUUCCUGAACACCCCGUAUGACACCGCUUUUAUUUACGCUUCCGUUGAUGCGGACAUCGUACGCAUGAUAGUGCGGUCUGGUAAGGUGGUAGCGAAGAAGGUGGACACUAAGUGGGUGGGACGCUUGAUCUUCACCAAAAGCAUCGGCUCAGAUGUUCCCGAGGAUCUGACGGAUUCUUAUAAGAAACAGAAAAUAUGUCAUUCCUCACGCGCUGGUCCGGACAUGCCUGGUCCAUUUGUAGAAGAUGUGUCCGGUUUGGACGUAACCUUGACCGUAGAUGGAGAACCGACUGUGGGCAAAAGCAUAGAGCUGACGGUGAAAAUCACAAACCUGUCAAACAGCACACGCCUCCUUAUGGAGCACCUCAACGCUCAGCUUAAGGAAUUCAAUGGUAGCCCAGCGAAAAGCUUCUGGAAAAGCCAUCAAGAACUCUCCAUUCAACCAUUGGAAGAUUUGACACGCCAGCAUUCCAUCUCACCCUCUAAGUACGAGUCGUUUCUGGCGGAUGAUGACAUCGUGAAGAUAUCGGUGGUCAUCAAGGACUUGAAAACCAAAGAGAGAGUGCUGGCUACACAGGACUUCAAUCUACGUUCACCAAAAAUAAAUAUAGAGGUUGAAGGCGGGGACAGCAUCCAGGUGAAGAAAGAGCACACGGCCAUUGUCUCCUUCACCAACGAGCUCAACAAAACUCUGAGUGGCGCUAUUCUCAUUGUGGAGGGCCACGGAUUGUUGCAAGGCAAACAAGAAGCCAGGCUAACUGUCCUGCGUCCAGAUGAGACGAUAGAGAAGAAGGUUGCCAUCAUGGCUUCUUCUCUGGGUACUAAGCUGUUGAGUGCCUCGUUCUCACAUCGCGACAGCUCCAGCGUCAUUUCGAGAUCUUUCCACAAAGUGUUUGUCACCGCACAAUGA